CAACACUUCCAACGUCGUCGCGCCUGCUCCCAGCACCGCCACCACUACCCUUGAGGUGCCUUCUCCAAACGACGAGCCAGAGGAGCCGUCCUUUGUCGUCAUCCCACGGUGCCCCCGCUUGGUCAUCAAAUUCGGGGAAAAGCCGGUCCUCCGCCUAGUCCCAUCUUCCGAAUUAUGCCCCACAACCAGCAGUACUUCAAGACAAUGCUGAAUUCAAACUCCCCUGCGCAAUUCACCGACGCGCAGCGCUCUCAGCAAGCCCGCGGGAAGUCCUAUGCAACCAAGGCCGCGGGCGAGCCCUACGAAGCACGCGCGAAGCGCGAGCAGGCGGCGCAGAUUCUCGAGAGCGUGGAGUUGCUAGUAUGGCAUUCGAAUGCACGGAACGAGAGCGUCGCCCAAACCCGCCAGCACUUCCAGAAUAUUAUGCUCGGUCUCCCCAAAGGCGAGCCCGUGCACAGCAAGGGGAAGGAUCCGCAUAGGUAGAGCCUCUGGAAUUCUGAGGAUAGAGCGGGAAUCUAUGGUCGUCGCCGUCCAGUGGUGGCACGGGAGGACACGCGUGAGGAGUAUGACGAUGGUGACGGUGAGGAGAUGUGAGAUUUGGGAUGGUGGUGGCAUGAUGCGCUUUGUGGGUCUUGGAUGACGUUCAAGCGAUAUGGGAGGCUAUUGAGCCCUGGACUGUAUUGAUACCCUACUAUUUGGUAGCCCGACUUGAAUUUCUACCCCU